AUGAGCUCGGCGCCCAUAGAUAUUCUGCUCGGUGCGGACGUGUAUGGCGAUAUAAUUUUGAGCGGGCUUCGCAAAACGACGGUCGGACGGCCUAUCGCGCAGGAGUCGAUUUUUGGUUGGGUGAUCUCCGGGCCCGUCUCAUGUCCCGAACUCUCGUCUCAAACCAAGUCAGACGAAAAGAGUGCAGGGCGCAUCUGCGCUCAAAGUACCUCACUUCAUUGCUCCCACGAUCUGUCGCUAGAUCGAGAACUCAGACAGUUCUGGGAGGUCGAGGAAGUUCCUCAACACACCGCGUACGGUCCUGAGGAGGAGAGGUGCGAGGAUCACUUUCGCUCCACGCACUCUCGUCUCUCAGACGGCCGCUACGUUGUCCGGCUUCCGUUCCGAACGAGUCCGCCCAUCGCGAUCGGCGAAUCGUAUCGCAUAGCAGAGACGCGUCUCAAUGCAUUGCUCCGACGCCUUCGGACGAACGCGGAUCACGAGAAGGAAUAUUCCGAAUUUCUUCAAGACUAUGAAAACCUCGGGCAUAUGCAAAAGGUGACAAAUCCCCGAUCGCCAGACACUCAAUGCGUGUUCAUUCCACACCAUCACGUCAUCCGCGAUCAUAGUUCGACCACGCAUUUACGUGUCGUUUUUAACGCGUCCAGUGCCACUACAAACGGCUCCUCCCUUAAUGAUCAUCUCCUGGCCGGACCAAAGCUCCAAACGGAUCUCCCCGCGAUUAUUCUGCAAUGGCGCUUAUUCAAAUACGUCUACACCGCUGACAUUACAAAAAUGUAUCGGCAGAUUUUAGUCGAUCCUCGCGAUACCACUUAUCAGCGAAUUCUCUGGAAGACUCGCGAUUCUGACCGACCAAGCGAAUUCAAACUGCUAACGGUUACCUAUGGCACGGCUUGCGCACCGUUUCUCGCGCUGCGCGUUAUUAAACAGUUGAUCGCGGACGAAGGUCAUAACUUUCCUUUCGCAGCUAAGAUUUUGCACAGUCAAAUCUAUGUUGACGAUGUGUUGUUUGGCGACAACGAUCCUGAGCUCCUCCGGCAAAUACGCAAUGAGCUUCGGGAGAUGCUCCAGCGAGGAGGCUUCGCGCUUCGCAAGUGGGCAAGUAAUGCCAACUCUCUUUUAACCGACAUCAGUCCCGAAAAUCACAGACUCGCGUGCAACAAGCCGCUUGAAACGGACGAGAGUCUAAAAGUCCUUGGAAUUGGGUGGAAUCCAGCGUCGGACGUAUUCAAUUUCAAGGUCUCUCUCCCUCCAGAAAUCCCGCAAUCAAAACGCGCGAUUCUCUCUACGAUCGCGAGACUUUUCGAUCCGUUAGGUUGGGUGACGCCCGUUACCAUCAAAGCUAAGAUAUUCCUCCAGUAUCUGUGGCAACUAAAGCUCGACUGGGACGACAAUAUUCCGCUCGAGCAAUUGGCCAACUGGCAUACAGUAUAUUCUCAACUAGCGGAACUCAACAAGCUCGAGCUUCCUCGCUGGAUCGACGUCGACACAACCGCGGCUCGGUAUGAGUUGCACGGUUUCGCCGACGCAUCAUCAGUGGCCUACGCCGCCGUUAUAUAUCUGAAAUCAAUCGCAACGUCUGGUCAUUCCAGGAUCUCGCUGAUAAUGGGAAAGUCAAAAGUCGCGCCCAUAAAAACACUAAGCAUUCCGCGUCUCGAGUUGUCGGCCGCUGUCUUACUAUCCCGGUUACUCCGAUAUGUACAAAAUUCACUCAAAAUCACUGCGAAUUGCUACUGUUGGACGGACUCCUCGAUCAUUCUCGCGUGGCUCGGGCAACCACCGUCGAAAUGGAAGACAUUCGUUGCAAACCGAGUCAGCGAGAUCCAGUCGAGCAUUCCGUCCAGUUCAUGGCAUCAUGUUCCGACGCAGGACAACCCGGCCGACUGCGCGUCCCGCGGCUUAUGUGGGCGCGACCUCAUAAAACACGAAUUAUGGUGGCACGGUCCCCCCUGGUUACCCCUCGCUUCUGACCACUGGCCCGUCCCCAGUAUCUCAAUCCCGUCCAAUGCUGAGCUGGAGCCAAAGGUGACAAUUCAUUCCGUCAUAUCAAUUCCCGACUGGGACCUCAAAUCGCGGUUCUCGUCGUGGCACACGCUAAUUCGCGUUACCGCUUACGUGAGACGCUUUGUUUCUCGCUGCCGCCGGCAACCCGCCGCGAUGACUCACGGCUGUCAUCCUCGCACCGCUCUGACCGCAGACGAGUGUAAACAGGCGAAAACUUUCUGGUUUCAACAAAUCCAGACUGAAUUGUUUCCGCAGGAAUUAACCGCGUUAAAAAAUCAGUCUCAGCUUCCGAGGAAAAGCACGCUUCGGUCACUUAAUCCAUUCUUGGAUCCCGCUGGGCUGAUUCGUGUAGGCGGGCGACUGAAAAACGCUCCGCUCCCAUUGCACACUAAACAUCCAAUUCUCCUCGCGUCGCAUCCUCUUGUGACUCUUCUCGUAAGAUCUGUGCAUCUCUGCGCCCUUCACGCAG